GACGUCAACAUUGGAGACUGCCCUAAUCUGCAAAACACAGAUUUCAUAGUUUUCAAGUUCUCCUACUGUUUUUACUCUAUUUAGAGCUCUUGAUUGAUUAAAUGCGUAGAGUUCUUUCACUUUUAUUGCUUGGAAAAUAAAAAAGGAACAGCCAUCUGCCUCUCAGUGUAGAUGGCCGCAACUUAAUCCAGAUUAUGGCUGCAGCAUAAACGUUUUUUUUUUUUUUUUUCUGGCCGCCAUUACUAGUCAACAGUGUGUCCUUGAUAACAGACAGGCAGGUCGGUUAGCCUAGCUCCAAUUAGACCACCAACUAUCCAUCUGAGGGACUUCUCUGGACUUUCACCAAAAGAUUUCAGGAAAUCGCAACUUGCCGUCAAGCUUGAGACUCCAUCGGGGUGGAAAAAAAUGGCAUUUCUAAUCAAAAGUAUGGUGGGGAACCCACUCAAAGGAAUGGGAUUUGGAGGAGGAGAGGAAAAGGCUGAGGAAGAAACCCCCAAGGACCCUGCAGCGGCCGCCGGUAUGACUAGAGAAGAAUAUGAGGAGUACCAGAAACAGGUGGUGGAGGAGAAAAUGGAAAGAGAUGCAGACUUCUUGCACAAGAAAGCAGAGAGGGCGACUCUGAGGGUCUGUCUACGAGACAAAUACAGACUUCCUAAAAGUGAGCAGGAUGAGAAUAUGAUCCAGAUGGCAGGAGAUGACGUGGACGUUCCCGAGGAGCUGCUGAAGAUGGUGGAUGAGGAUGCCACGGAGGAGGAGGAGAAGGACUCCAUCCUGGGACAGAUGCAGAACUUACAGAACAUGGACAUGGAUCAGAUAAAGGAGAAAGCCAGUGCUACACUGACAGAGAUCAAGACCAAGGCUGAGGAGAAGUGUUCUGUCAUGUAGCAGUUUAGCAAAUUCGCACAUUUCUACAAACCAGGUUGGGU